UCUGCGCUCUCCAUGGCGGCGCGGCAGCAGAGCCGGAUCCAGGCGUACCUGGAGAGGAACAGGAUCGGCCCCCUGUUUGAGGAACUCAUGACCAAGUUGAUCACGGAGACCCCUGAGCAGCCGAUCCCGUUUCUCAUUGACCACCUUCAGUCUAAACAAGGACACCGGGGGCAACUCCAGAGAACGUUGUCUGGGUCCGCAGCUCUCUGGGCCGAAAGUGAAACAGCAGAAACUAAAGGAACGAGGAGGGAUUUCAGAAGCUAUGAUAAACCUUGGCAGUUAAAUGCAAAAAAACCUAAGAAGUCAAAAAGUGACCUCGCAGUGUCCAGUAUCUCUCCCCUGUCGCCGGACUCCAAGUCAUUGCCAAGGUCAGUAGAGCAUCCUAAGUGGAAGUGGCGGACUAAACCAGAAAGCUGUGAUUUUGAUGAAUUGAACCACAUCCUUCAAGAGAGCAAGAAGCUGGGGAAAGCCCUUGAGAAUCUCUCUCGAAGUAUUGCGAUUUCAGAUGAACUUGAUAAGGACACAGUGGCUUUCACCUCUCCUCUCCUGAGGCCCCGUGUGAUUGGAGAAUGGAUUGGAAGAGAAGACAACGAUGCUGACCCCUUGGCUGCGGAAAUGCUGCAGCCUCCGGUUCCUAGGAGUAAAAAUGACCAGUGGGAGAGCGAGGAGAGCAGCUGCGGCCCUGCAGGAAGCUUAAAGAUGGAGCCCAAGACCAAGGGAUUAAAACAGCAGCAGCAGCAACAUAAGAAACUUCUGGCAGCAAUGCUGUCUCAGGAUUCCUUCGAAUCUGUCCACAGCCUGACACCAUCUGUCACAGAAGAAGAUAUUGAUAACGAGGAUGAUGCAAUGGAGUUGCUGGAGGAUCUUGAUGAUUUAAGAAUGGAGGGAGUCACAACCCUGGUACCUUCUGGAAGCAAACUGAACCCAAAUCGUCCUACUCAACCUGCUGAGCUUCAGGCCAAGGUCACCCUGAAUAUCUGUUCAAGGUGUGCCAGGCUUCAAGGAGACAACCUAGCAGAGAGGACUGGAGAGACCUUACACCUGCUUCAUUCUCCAGAGGAAAUCAUUCCGGAUUCGUUGGAUUCUUUACCUGGAACUGAAGAAGCGGUGAUGGAGGAGAGUGGAGAAUUUGAGAAAGCAUCUACAUUCUCUGCAUCAGAAGAAGCCCCCCAUGGAGGACACUCAUUAGAAAACUACACUGAAGAAGAUGAAUCCUUAAAGCAACUUCAGGUCGUUCAUCAGCCGUGGCUUUUGCCGAGUGACACGGAGAGCGAAGGAGUGGAAGCUGACCAAGACAAACGUCUUUGAAACAUACAGAAGAAGUCCCAAGUGGUCCUUAAAAUAAUUGCAGUCAAUCACAUCCCUGUGUAU